CGAGGGGCCCCGAGUCCUCGGAGCCGGGGCUGCCUGUCGGGCUCUCCGUGCGUCUUGCCUAGAGCUCCGAGCGGGGCGCGACGGAGGGCAGAGCCGCGAGUCUGCGUCCUCUCGCCGGCAGGAGGCUCAGCGCCGAAGCGCCGGCUUCAGCCCGGGGCGCCGAGCCCGGCAUCCGCCCCCGCCAGCCGGCAGCCGGCGCAGACAUGGGCGCGCGGGAUUGCGCGCCGGGCCGCGGGAUCCGCAAAGUUUGCUAGCCGGCUGGGCGCGCAGCCGAGGGCGCAACCGGGAAUCGGGGUGUGGAGCGGCGCCUGCGGAUUCGGCGUGAGGGCUGCGGAGCCGAGAGGGGAGGCUCGGCCCCGCCAGAUGCCGCCCGCAAAGUUGAAGAGAAGAAAACUUCGGCUCCAGGGAGAUUCGGACCUAAUGCUCACCUCGCCCCCCAAGCCACGCAACCCUGAAAGAAGCCCUGCACCCUCGCCCACCUCCGUGCUCGACUCGGAACAGGUCCCCGGGGCAGGGCGCGGGGGACCGCGGUGACUGCGUCGGCCGGGAGAACCCAGCCAGGGGGCGGGGAGGGCCAGGGGGCGGGCAACGUGGCCACGGAGGAAGUUUCCUGAAGUUGUCCGCUUAUUCCGGAGCCCGGCCAGCGACCUGGCGGGAUCGCGGAGGCCGCCCUGCCUGGGAGAAGUAGAAGUUGGGGUGCUAGGGGAGGAGGCUUUCCGAGCCCGAGAGGCAGACUUUGCCGCUUUUUCUUUGCUCUCCCUUCGCCUUCCGGGCGCGCUGCCGGGAUUGGACUUGGAUAGCAAAGGAGGAGGAGGAAGAAUUGGGGUCGCCAGUGCCGCUUCUCUGAGCACGGCAAACCCAAGCCCGGGACUCAGAGCUGCGUGACUGUCUCUCGGGACGAAGCUGCGGGCGGGGUACCGGACCCCAGUAGGAUUAUAAAGCAGCGCGGAGGAGGACAGGAUCCCGGAGGACACCCCCUCCUGACUGGACACCAUGUGGAGUCUGCUCCUCUGGACUUUGCUGGCUGUACAUCAGAUUCGCGUGAUCCGAGCCCAAGAUGACGUGUCCCCAUAUUUCAAGACGGAGCCUGUGCGGACACAGGUGCACCUGGAAGGAAACCGCCUGGUGCUCACGUGCAUGGCUGAGGGUAGCUGGCCACUGGAGUUCAAGUGGCUCCACAACAACCGCGAGCUGACCAAGUUCUCCCUGGAGUACAGGUAUAUGAUCACCAGCCUGGACCGCACCCACGCUGGCUUCUACCGCUGUGUUGUACGGAACCGGAUGGGGGCCCUGCUGCAGCGGCAGACGGAGGUCCAGGUGGCCUACAUGGGGAACUUCGAGGAGGGUGAGAAGUACCAAAGCGUUUCCCAUGGAGAAGCUGCUGUCAUCCGCGCCCCACGCAUUGCCAGCUUCCCUCGGCCGCAGGUGACCUGGUUCCGUGAUGGUCGCAAGAUCCCACCCAGCAGCCGCAUAGCCAUCACGCUGGAGAACACCCUUGUCAUCCUGUCAACGGUGGCUCCUGAUGCAGGCCGCUACUAUGUGCAGGCUGUUAAUGACAAGAACGGAGAUAACAAGACCAGCCAACCCAUCACUCUCGCCGUGGAGAAUGUCGGGGGUCCUGCUGACCCCAUCGCACCAACUAUCAUCAUCCCCCCCAAGAACACCAGUGUGGUGGCUGGGACGUCGGAAGUGAUUAUGGAGUGCGUGGCCAAUGCCAGGCCCCUAAUCAAGUUGCACAUCAUCUGGAAGAAAGAUGGGGUGCAGGUGUCCAGCGGCCUCAGCGACUACAACCGCCGCCUCACCAUCCCCAGCCCCACAGUCAGCGAUGCCGGCUACUACGAGUGCGAGGCUGUGCUGAGAAGCAGCAGUGUGGCCCCUGUGGUCCGGGGCGCCCACCUCUCCGUGCUAGAGCCACCUCAGUUUGUCAAGGAGCCAGAGCGACACAUCACCGCCGAAAUGGAGAAGGUGGUGGACAUUCCCUGCCGAGCCAAAGGUGUGCCGCCGCCCUCCAUCACCUGGUACAAGGACGCAGCUGUGGUGGAGGUGGAGAAGCUGGCCCGCUUCCGGCAGCGUGGUGACGGCGGCCUGCAGAUCAGUGGCCUGGUGCCCGAUGACACAGGCAUGUUCCAGUGCUUCGCACGCAAUGCGGCCGGCGAGGUGCAGACCUCCACCUACUUGGCUGUCACCAGUAUCGCCCCCAACAUCACCAGGGGCCCCCUGGACAGCACGGUGAUUGACGGCAUGUCAGUGGUCCUGGCAUGUGAGACCUCGGGGGCACCCCGGCCAGCCAUCACUUGGCAGAAAGGAGAGCGCAUCCUGGCCAGCGGCUCUGUCCAGCUGCCACGCUUCACCCUCCUGGAGUCGGGGAGCCUGCUCAUCAGUCCCACGCACAUCUCAGACGCCGGCACCUACACCUGUUUGGCUACCAACUCGAGGGGGGUCGACGAGGCCUCGGCAGACCUGGUCGUAUGGGCCCGGACUCGCAUCACCAGGCCUCCCCAGGACCAGAGCGUCAUCAAGGGCACACAGGCCUCCAUGGUGUGUGGAGUGACCCAUGACCCCCGGGUGACCAUCAGGUAUGUAUGGGAGAAGGAUGGAGCCACCCUGGCCACGGAGAGCAAUCCGCGCAUCCGCCUGGACAAAAACGGCUCCCUGCACAUCACGCAGACAUGGUCAGGGGACAUCGGCACGUACACCUGCCGGGUGCUCUCAGCUGGCGGCAAUGACUCCCGCAGUGCCCACCUGCGGGUCAGGCAACUGCCCCAUGCACCUGAACACCCGGUGGCCACACUCAGCACCACGGAGAGACGGGCCAUCAACUUGACCUGGGCCAAGCCCUUCGACGGGAACAGCCCUCUGAUCCGCUAUGUCCUGGAGAUGUCAGAGAAUAAUGCCCCCUGGACCACACUCCUGGCCAGUGUGGACCCCGAAGCCACCUCAGUGAUGGUCAAGGGCUUGGUUCCAGCUCGAUCCUACCAGUUCCGUCUUUGUGCCGUCAAUGAUGUGGGCAGAGGACAGUUCAGCAAGGACACUGAGAGGGUUUCCCUCCCGGAGGAGCCACCCACAGCCCCACCACAGAAUGUGAUCGCCAGCGGCCGGACCAACCAGUCCAUCAUGAUCCAGUGGCAGCCGCCUCCUGAGAGCCACCAGAAUGGCAUCCUCAAGGGCUACAUCAUCAGGUACUGCCUGGCUGGGCUGCCAGUUGGGUACCAGUUUAAGAACAUCACGGACGCUGACGUCAACAACCUGUUGCUAGAGGACCUCAUCAUCUGGACCAACUAUGAGAUCGAAGUGGCUGCCUACAACAGCGCCGGGCUAGGUGUCUACAGCAGCAAGGUCACUGAGUGGACGCUCCAGGGAGUUCCCACGGUCCCGCCAGGCAACGUGCAUGCAGAAGCCACCAAUUCCACAACCAUCCGCUUCACCUGGAAUGCCCCCAGCCCCCAGUUCAUCAAUGGCAUCAACCAGGGCUACAAGCUGAUCGCUUGGGAGCCUGAGCAGGAGGAAGAGGUUACCAUGGUGACUGCCCGGCCCAACUUCCAAGACAGCAUCCACGUGGGCUUCGUGUCAGGCCUGAAGAAGUUCACCGAGUACUUCACCUCGGUGCUCUGCUUCACUACACCCGGGGACGGGCCCCGCAGUAGCCCCCAGCUGGUGCGCACCCACGAGGACGUGCCGGGGCCGGUAGGACACCUGAGCUUCAGUGACAUCCUGGAUACUUCGCUGAAGGUCAGCUGGCAGGAGCCAGGAGAGAAGAAUGGCAUCCUCACAGGGUACCGGAUCUCCUGGGAAGAGUACAACCGAACCAACACCCGCGUGACCCACUACCUGCCCAAUGUGACCCUGGAGUACCGUGUCACUGGCCUCACAGCGCUCACCACCUACACCAUCGAGGUGGCUGCCAUGACCUCCAAGGGCCAGGGCCAGGUGUCAGCCUCCACCAUUUCCUCGGGAGUGCCUCCAGAACUCCCAGGGGCCCCUACCAACCUGGGCAUUUCCAACAUUGGCCCCCGAUCCGUGACCUUACAGUUCAGGCCUGGCUACGAUGGGAAGACCUCUAUCUCCCGAUGGCUAGUGGAGGCCCAGGUGGGCAUGGUCGGGGAAGGAGAGGAGUGGCUGCUGAUUCACCAGCUCAGCAACGAGCCAGACGCCCGCUCGAUGGAGGUCCCAGACCUCAACCCCUUCACCUACUACAGCUUCCGCAUGCGCCAGGUGAACAUCGUGGGCACCAGUCCACCCAGUCAGCCUUCUAGAAAGAUCCAGACCCUCCAGGCGCCUCCUGACAUGGCCCCAGCCAAUGUGACCCUGCGCACAGCGAGUGAGACCAGCCUGUGGCUCCGAUGGAUGCCUCUCCCGGAGAUGGAGUACAACGGCAGCCCGGAGUCAGUGGGCUACAAGAUCAAGUACAGCAGGUCAGACGGGCACGGCAAGACCCUGAGCCACGUGGUGCUGGACCGUGUGGAGAGGGAGUACACCAUCGAGGACCUGGAGGAGUGGAUGGAGUACCGCGUGCAGGUCCAGGCCUUCAAUGCCAUCGGGAGCGGGCCCUGGAGCCCAGUGGUGCUUGGCAGGACCCGGGAGUCAGUGCCGUCCUCUGGCCCCACCAAUGUGUCGGCACUGGCCACCACCUCCAGCAGCAUGCUUGUGCGCUGGAGCGAAGUCCCCGAGGCUGAUCGCAACGGGCUCGUGCUGGGCUAUAAGGUGAGGUACAAGGAGAAGGACUCGGACUCCCAGCCCCACUUCUGGCUGGUGGAAGGCAAUGCGUCUCGCAGCGUGCAGCUCACCGGCCUGGGCAAGUACGUGCUCUAUGAGGUGCAGGUGCUGGCCUUCACCCGCAUCGGUGAUGGCAGCCCCAGUCACCCCCCAAUCCUGGAGCGCACGCUGGACGAUGUCCCAGGACCACCCAUGGGCAUCCUGUUCCCGGAAGUGAGGACCACGUCAGUGAGGCUGAUCUGGCAGCCCCCUGCUGCCCCCAAUGGCAUCAUCCUAGCUUACCAGAUCACCCAUAGGCUCAACGCCACCGCAGCCAACACCGCUGCAGUGGAAGUGCUGGCACCAAGCGCCCGCCAGUACACAGCCACUGGCCUCAAGCCAGAGUCUGUCUACCUGUUUCGUAUUACGGCUCAGACCCGCAAAGGAUGGGGAGAGGCCGCUGAGGCCUUAGUAGUGACCACUGAGAAGAGAGACCGCCCUCAGCCCCCGAGCAAGCCCGUGGUGCAGCAGGAAGACGUGAAGGCUCGCAGUGUGCUAUUGUCCUGGGAGCCGGGCAGUGACGGGCUGUCCCCAGUGCGAUACUACACCAUCCAGACCCGUGAGCUGCCCAGCGGCCGGUGGGCGCUGCACUCAGCUUCCGUGAACCACAACACCUCCAGCUUCACCGUGGACAGGCUGAAGCCCUUCACGUCCUACAAGUUCCGAGUGAAGGCAACCAAUGACAUUGGAGACAGCGAGUUCAGCGAGGAGUCAGAGUCACUGACCACGCUGCAGGCAGCCCCUGACGAAGCACCCACUGUCCUCUCAGUGACACCCCACACCACCACCUCCGUGCUGAUCCGGUGGCAGCCACCAGCCGAGGACAAGGUCAACGGUAUCCUCCUGGGCUUCCGCAUCCGCUACAGGGAGCUGCUUUAUGAAGGGUUGAGGGGCUUCACUCUUCGAGGCAUCAACAACCCCGGGGCCAAAUGGGCAGAGCUCACCUCCCUGUACUCCAUGCGGAACCUGAGCCGGCCCAGCCUCACUCAGUACGAGCUGGACAACCUGAACAAGCACAGGUGGUACGAGAUCCGGAUGAGUGUGUACAACGCCGUGGGCGAGGGGCCCCUGAGCCCCCCGCAGGAGGUCUUUGUUGGGGAGGCAGUGCCCACGGCAGCGCCCCGCAACGUGGUCGUCCAUGGCACCACGGCCACACAGCUAGAUGUGACUUGGGAGCCACCCCCUCUGGACAGCCAGAACGGAAACAUCCAGGGCUACAAGAUUUAUUUCUGGGAAGCCCAGCGGCAGAACCUCACCGAGCGAGUGAAGACACUUUUCCUGGCUGAGAAUGGGGUGAAGCUCAAGAACCUGACCGGUUAUACUGCCUAUAUGGUCACUGUGGCGGCCUUCAAUGCUGCAGGGGACGGACCCCGGAGCACCCCUGUCCAGGGCCGGACGCAGCAAGCAGCCCCCAGCGCUCCCAGCUCGGUCAAGUUCAGUGAGCUGACCACAACCUCAGUGAAUGUGUCCUGGGAAGCCCCACAGUUCCCCAAUGGCAUCCUGGAGGGCUACCGGCUGGUGUAUGAGCCCUGCACCCCAGUGGAUGGGGUCAGCAAGAUUGUGACAGUGGAUGUGAAGGGCAAUAGCCCCCUGUGGCUGAAGGUGAAGGACCUGGCAGAGGGCAUGACCUACAGGUUCCGCAUCAAAGCCAAGACCUUCACCUACGGGCCAGAGAUCGAAGCCAAUAUCACCACGGGACCCGGAGAAGGUGCCCCGGGACCACCAGGAGUGCCGAUCAUCGUGCGCUACAGCUCUGCCAUCGCCAUCCACUGGUCCAGCGGAGACCCUGGCAAGGGGCCCAUCACCCGAUACGUCAUAGAGGCCCGGCCUUCAGAUGAGGGACUCUGGGACAUCCUCAUCAAAGACAUCCCUAAAGAAGUGAGCUCCUACACCUUCAGUAUGGACAUCUUGAAGCCAGGCGUAAGCUAUGACUUCCGGGUCAUCGCAGUCAACGAUUACGGCUUUGGCACCCCCAGCAGCCCCUCCCAGUCUGUGCCAGCCCAGAAGGCCAGCCCCUUCUACGAGGAGUGGUGGUUCCUGGUAGUUGUUGCCCUUGUGGGUCUCAUCUUCAUCCUGCUUCUGGUCUUCGUGCUCAUCAUCCGGGGCCAGAGCAAAAAGUACACCAAGAAGACAGACUCCGGGAGUAGUGCCAAGUCCGGAGGCCUAGGUCACGGGGAAAUGAUGAGCUUGGAUGAGAGCAGUUUCCCAGCCCUGGAACUCAACAACCGGAGGCUGUCUGUCAAGAACUCCUUCUGCCGGAAAAAUGGCUUGUACACUAGGUCCCCUCCACGGCCCAGCCCUGGAAGCCUCCACUACUCCGAUGAGGAUGUCACCAAGUAUAAUGACCUCAUCCCAGCCGAGAGCAGCAGUCUGACUGAGAAGCCCUCGGAAAUCUCAGACUCUCAGGGAAGUGACAGUGAGUACGAGGUGGACCCGAAUCCCCAGAAGGCCCACUCCUUUGUCAACCACUACAUCAGUGACCCCACCUAUUACAACUCCUGGCGACGCCAGCAGAAAGGCAUCUCGCGGGCCCAGGCUUACAGCUACACAGAGAGCGACUCUGGGGAGCCGGACCACGCCACUGUGGCCAACAGCAACAGCGCCCAGCAAGGGAGCCUCUUUCGGCCCAAGGCCAGUCGGACUCCAACGCCCCAGAACCCCCCUAACCCCCCAAGUCAGCAAAGCACCCUCUACCGUCCCCCGAGCAGCCUGGCCCCUGGCUCCCGGGCUCCAAUAGCAGGAUUUUCAUCAUUCGUUUGACGUCAGAAGAAGAAAAAAAGAACAAAAAAAGACACCAAACUCCUCCUUUACUGCUUCCUCACCGCCUGCCAGAAAACAAAAACACCAAGAAACUAAGUCAACUUUUCACCUCCUGAGUUUAUUUUUCUGAGAUUUCUGAGGGCCAGUAUAGUUGGCACUAAGAAGGAGGAAGGAAAGAAAAAAAGAAAAACCACAAGAGGACGGGUGUGACAGCAAUGGGUCAGCUUGGAGAUGGUGAGGUCCACUGCGAAGGCAGAGGACUCAGUGGGGUGGGUCCUUGGUCUAGAGAGGGAAGAAGGGAAGGCACAGGUCCAGCGCACUGGAGGUGGCAGUGGCUGAGGGCUGGGGAGCCUUCUGGACCCCAAGCCAACUGCCCACACGUUUCCCACGUGCGCUGGAUCCCAGCUUCUGGCCAUUCUCUUGCCAAAGGAUGGGUGUCCCCAGAGGCAAAGGGCACUUUUUCUCCUGCCCUGUCUCCUGGCAGGUGUUCCGGACCUUGCCCAGCUCCCUUCUCGGCCUCAGCAAGGCCGUGGCUCACCUCCUGGCUCACCUCCCUUGCUCAACUUCUCCACCAAGCGCCUGGUUGAUUUAGAAAAGGGAAAGACAACUAAGGGGUGAGAAGCUGCUUAGCAACUUCCUUGUUCCUGCGUAUUUUUAAAAUCGUGACUCCAUGGAAAAGGGCUGGAGGGCUAAAGAGAGUGCUCACACAGCCAUGCAGCCCAGCCCUGCCUCUUCAUGAGUUCAGUUCCAGAACACCAAGCAGGGGUGUGUUCUGGGGAACGCAAGUGUAGGGCAGCUGCCUGGCUGCAGCCUGGGCACAGCCAGGGUUAAUACCUUGCAGGAAGUCAGGAAGGACAGGAUGGAACUUGGACUAUUCUUUCUUCUGAUCCAGCUACCACCUGCCCCACAUUUAAACAAGGGAAAUGAGGAAGCUACAGCAAGGGGAUUUCAGCAUGGCUAGAUUGGGGAACUGGGCAGGUGAGGAUCACUAUAAAGGACACACAUCACUCUCCCCUGGAUAGAGACUUUCUAGCACUCAUUCAUAUGUGCACACACCCACUUCAAGGAAAUGGGCCUAGGAGUCCUCUGUAGGAGGAUUCAUACCUCCCCAGCAGCCUGGCACUUCCAGAUCUCUGUCCCUUUGCCUUUCCACCCAGAGCCUCUUAGCACACAGGCACCCGGGUGGUGGCCUAGUCCCUGGUCCAGAGGCCAAAGUAGCCACAGUGUGCCCAGUCUGCUCAGAACUGGGUUCAAAGAGUCAAAAGUCACCCCAAACCGCAGGGACAUCUUCCAGUUUGCACUCAGCUGGGCCAGAGCUAGGAGCAAGGAGGCCUGGGGCAAUCAGCAACCUCUGAGAUGCAUGGCCAGCCAGGCCAGGAGGGGUGGAUCAGAUGGCAUCUGGAGACGGAAAAGCUAACCGGAAGCAAAGCUUUUACAUGCACACAAUCUGCUCCAAGGAAUGUUCUUUAAAAAGCUGCUUCUGGUGGCCUGAUUUUCCCAUCAGCUUGAGACUUCCAACUCAAGGGUUAGGGAAGAGCCUUUUGGUCAGAUUCUCUGGGCUCUUUGAGGCCCCGGGGGACUCCAGCCAGUCCUGUGAAACUGGCCCGAGGCCCGUGCACUGCUGGGGAUGCACGGAUGGUUGCCUCUCUUAGCUGGGACCUGUGCGAUUCUGCAGAGGGCCCCAGCAGUGUUUCCUGGCAGUGCCCUGCAGCCCUGCCCUGGAGGAGGCCAGGCCCUGCUUAGAAGGAUGAGCAGGAGGGGUAGGGGUGGGAAAGUUGGUGAAUGGGUCACGGAAAAAGAGAGCCUGUUCCCCUGCCUGCUCGCCCCAAAUUUAUUAAGUCAUUGUGCGAAUGGUGACUGGGGAGAGAAGUCAAGGUCAGGCCCAGGAAAGGCUGCGGGGUGGCUUGCCCCAGUGCACUUCCCCCUGGGAAAUGAGAAUGCGGAGACUGACGCUGCUGCUGGAUGCAGACAGUGACUUCUCCCUAGGAUCGGCUUUCCCCUAAGGCAGGACAGGGGCUGCGUGUUCACUCCUCUGGAGAAGCAGGUGCUGGGGCCCUGAAGGCUGCUGCCCCCACCCCAGCAGCUGGCGUUGCCAUGGCAGCACAUCCGCAGCCUCACUGUGCUAUCCUGCUGCCCUGCCUUGUUUUCUUGUUCACUUUUUUUUUUUUUAACAACUUCAUCUUUUUCCUUCUCUGUGGAGUGUUUAACCAUUUAAGGAAGUUCCCAGUUUGCAUUAGGGAAAUAUUUUAACCCAACCCAGUGACAGAGUUUGGGGGAGGAAGCAGGAGUGAAUAGAACCAUUGUGUGUAUGUGUGUAUAUACUGCAUUGCACAUGAGGCCAGUGUUCCUCUGCCUUUAAUGAAUCACCUGGCGCACUACGUAUCUCCGUCCCCACGUCCCCAUGGGCCCCUGUGCUGACAGCCACAUGCUCAUGUGUGCACACACACACAGAUAUAAACAGAACACAUGCUCGUGUGUGUUUUCAAAGGGGCUUUGCAGAUCAUUCUGUAUCCUCCCAAAUAGGUACAUGUGGCUUAGGUGACAUGCACUUGGGUGUACUGGGGAUCUGUGACCAGAGAAGGUGAGGACAUUACAACCCAGAGCUCCUAGAGGAGCCCAGGAAGUGAUGCUUGGCCCAUGGUAAGAGCCCACCCCUUAGUCACUACCCACCUACAGUGUUCCUGCCACUGCCCCAGCCACAUCUGGGGACCCAGCUGAGUCUCCAGCUGUGGAACUCUAGGUUUGUUCAAAGGAAACAUCUUUUUGCCCCUGUUUACAUAUCUUCUGGGGCAAGGGAGACUCCUGGCACCUCCUCCUAGACACCUGUCCACAUUAGAAGGUUGUGCUGGGCACUGCCCAUGGAUCCUUGGGAGCCUUACUGGCCUUUGAUGUCCUGAGCCAUGAUGCCUGGACCCCUGCCUGAGUGGCUGUCUCAAAAGCAAGCUCAUACCAAGACACACCAGCCCCUUUGGUGGUACCUCACUCUGCCCCAGGGAAAUGUGGUGUACCACGAUUGGCACACCAGGCUGCUCUUUCUCCUCCUGACUCUGCCUCCUAGGUUCAUGGAGCUUUGCACACAGACUGCCAAGAUAAAUCAAAUAGAUGCUUGGGGUUCCAGAAGCACCUUCCUGCUAGGGUUCCAGGAAGCUUGCAGACCCAAGCUGCCUCCCCUUCGAUCCCCACCACCACCCUCAAACUGACACUGCCUGAGUCAGAGGAAAUGAGGCCACAGCAGGGCAGCCCUGUCCAGCACACAUGUCUCAAGGCCUUCUGAUGCUGCUCGAGCCUCCCAAGCAGCGCUUCUAAAGGUGCCAGAGCCUCACCGCAGGCUACUCUGGGCGGGGACUUCCCUCACCAACCCAGAGAGCACAGUGAGCCCAUGCUGGGUGAGGGGCCAGCAGGCAGGAGGGUGGAAGGGGGCCCUCUGAGCAGCUGCACCAGCUCCCGGGUGCCCCUGUAUGGUCCUGUCCAGGGGCACCCACCCCGAUCACAACCCUGCCUGCACACACAGGUGCACCAUUGGGACCACCUCCUGGUUUCCAUAAGAUAACCAAAAGCAUUUAAAUGUGUUACUUUUCCUCACCCAUAUAGACUGCUCAGACAAAAAUCAAUACAAAUCUUUAUUUUUUUUAUUUAAAAGAUAUAAUGACAAAUUAUGGGGAAAGUAUUCAUUAUGGCAGGUGUUGAACUGUAAGAAAAAAAGUAUAUAUCUAUAUGUCAUAUAGCUUGUUAGCAGGUUUAUUUUUUAAAUGAAAGGUUAAAAAAAGAAACUGAUUUGAAAUAUAUACCAUGAGAAGUCCCAUGUCCUGUCAAACUGUUAGUAUUUUAUAAAUAAACUUUUGUUUUAGAA